UUUGCCGUCCCUGCGAUGGCUGAGACGUCCAACGUCGGCGCUGGAUCCAUGGACCCUGGCGAAGAUACCAUGGUGAACGGGACGUCGCUCAAGCGCAUCCGUGCCGCCGUCCCCGCCCUCCCGGACGAGCUCGUCCAGUGGGACAUUCUCCUCCGCCUGCCGGCGAAGGAGCUCCUCCGCUGCCGCGCGGUCUGCCGCACCUGGCGCCGCCUCGCCUCCGACGCCGCGUUCCUCCUCGCCCACCACCGCCGCCAGCCGUCGCUCCCGCUGGUCUUGUUCCGCACCACUGACCAUCCCUACACCAACGACGCCAGCGUCGACGCCUUGGACGUGCGGCGAACCCCCGCCGUUCGCCGGCCGGUCCUCGGGUUCGACGACUACAACGAAUCCCGCCGUAAGUUCACCCUCCACGCCUCCUGCGACGGCCUCCUCCUGCUGUCCCUCUCCAACCACCGCUUCUACCUCUGCAACCCGGCCACGCGCCAGUGGUGCGUGCUCCCGGGUCUGACGGGCGGCAACGUCGCCGCCCUGUACCCUCACCGCCCGUCCGGCAAGUACCGCGUGCUCUUCUGGAAGCACCCCAAGAAUGACAGGUAUAGCGUCGACUACUACGUCCUGGCCCUAGGCUCCUGCUCCUCCCAGUCCCAGGGACCAAAGGCGAGGUGCAUCGGGCUGCCGGUGGCUUCGCCGUCCAUGAAGAAGAAGAACAGCCCAGCCCGCUGGCUGAUCCAUGCCUGCGAGCACCCGCCUGUGCUGCUACGUGACUGCCUGCACUGGUACACCGGCGACGUCCCUGACAGCAAGAUUGUAGUUUUCGACACGGUGGCCGAGUCAUUCAGGUGGAUGCAAAGUCCCAAAGCCACCAGCUCAGCAGCACAUCUGCUUCAGAUGGAUGGCACGCUUGGCAUUGGGCGUGUGGACUGUUUUACAAGGACCGCGCAAGUGUUGGUGCUGCAGGACUAUGAGGCAGAGGUAUGGUCAUCAAAGUGCACAACUGAAUUGCCAGAGAAAUAUGUGCUAUACGGAAAGGUUUUGUCUGAGAAUGGAGAUGUGCUUGUAAACAACCGUUGCUUCUACAACAGCAAGGGUGAGCUGCUGGAGAAACUCCCAUGGCAGAGCGUCCGUCCCAGGAUUCUUGGACUCUAUCACAAAGAGAGCCUAGUCAGUCAUGUCUUCUUCCCGAGGAAAGAAAAUGGCAGCCGUGUGAGGCUUCUUCAUCGUCGAUCUCCACGCUUAACAGCCGUGUGAGUAUAUAGGAAAUACGUAAUUUCUAUGUAGGAGGAAGCUUUGAACUCAGCAUCUACUUUGCUCGUUUCCGUGUCUCAUGUUAAAACAAUUAUACUUGAAUAAUUGUUUCGGUGGAGUGUGAAAUUGUA